GUCCCGUCCUUUCUAGUAUGUUAGAAAUGCGCUUUUCAACGGUUGGGAAUCGCUCAUUUUUCAGCCGAAAUUGGUCGCAGUCUGUUUGUGAUGAGUGGGCCAAUCCUCGGACUCCUUAGACAUGAUCUGAGAGUUCAUUUGUCUUCGUCUAAAGUUGGAACCUGGAAAAACAGAACUAACUCACUGUCAUUUUUCAGGACAGUUUUGAGGAAAAUGGCCACCGGAGGCUCAUCAGCUACAAAACAGCACAGGAAUCGACUGGCCAAUGAGAAGUCUCCAUACCUCUUGCAACAUGCCAGCAACCCUGUUGAUUGGUAUCCAUGGGGACAGGAGGCUUUUGAGAAGGCCAAGAGAGAAAACAAGCUCAUAUUCCUUUCAGUCGGGUACUCCACAUGUCAUUGGUGCCACGUGAUGGAACGGGAGAGCUUUGAAAAUGAAGAGAUUGGAGCGCUGAUGAACAAGCACUUGGUCAGCAUCAAGGUGGACCGAGAGGAGCGGCCGGAUGUUGAUCGGGUGUACAUGACCUUCAUUCAGGCAUCUAGUGGGGGCGGUGGCUGGCCAAUGAGCGUCUGGUUGACCCCUGACCUGAAGCCCAUCGUCGGGGGGACAUACUUCCCACCAACUGACCACUUUGGCCGUCCAGGGUUUGGCACCAUUGUCCAGAGCAUUGCCAAUCAGUGGCGCCAAGACCCAGACAAGAUGAGCCAACAAGCCAGCGAGAUCCUAGAUGCCCUUCAGAGGGCAACCGUCACCAAGGCGCCAUCGGAUGGAGGGGCCCUGGCCGUAGACGCUAGCAUCAGCACCUGCUAUCGACAGCUAGCACGGAGCUUUGAGCCUCAGUAUGGGGGUUUUGGUGGAGCUCCCAAAUUCCCACAGCCAGUCAACUUCAACUUCAUGUUCCGACAUUACGCCAGCAAGCCGGAGACCUCAGAAGGGAAAGAAGGUUUGGAAAUGUGCCUGAAGACAUUGCGGUUCAUGGCCAAAGGAGGAAUGCACGACCAUAUAGCACAGGGCUUCCACCGCUACUCCACGGACGAGUUCUGGCACGUGCCUCACUUUGAGAAGAUGCUGUAUGACCAGGGUCAACUCACUGUGUCCUAUCUGGAUGCCUACCAGAUCACAAAGGAUGAGAAGUUUUCAGAUGUUGCCCGCGACAUUUUGAAGUAUGUUUCCAGGGAUUUAAGUAGCAAGGCUGGUGGUUUCUUCAGCGCAGAAGAUGCGGAUUCCUACCCCACCGAUGGUGCCGAGCACAAGAAGGAAGGCGCGUUCUGCGUCUGGGAGGAAGAAGAGAUCCGUCAGCUGCUCUGCGACACCGUAGAAGGUAGCGACAGUGUCUCGUUGGCCGACGUGUUCUGCAAGCACUACGACGUCCGCAAGGGAGGCAAUGUCAACUUUGAGCAGGAUCCUCACGGUGAACUCAAACAGAAGAACGUCCUGAUAGUGCGCCGUUCAGUGGCCGUAACUGCAAACAGCUUCAACCUGGAUGAGGCUUCGACAGAGAGGGCGCUGUCCAAGGCACGGGGGAUCCUGUACGAUGAGCGAUUGAAGAGGCCUAAGCCACACCUGGAUGACAAAGUCCUCACCAGUUGGAAUGGCCUGAUGAUUUCUGGCUUUGCCAAAGGGGGCCAAGUGCUGGGCGACCUAGCCUACACCACAAGGGCCGUCCAAGCUGCCUCCUUCAUCAAGGAGAACCUGUUCAACACCCAGACGGGCUGCCUGGUCCGGAGCUGCUACACAGACGAGCAAGGCGAGGUCACACAGAUAGCUGACCCAAUCGAGGGCUUCGUGGACGACUAUAGCAACCUGAUUCGCGGCCUGCUGGACCUGUACGAAGCCAGCUUUGACCAGUCCUGGCUGGAAUGGGCCAGUUCCCUCCAGGCCAAACAGGAUGAGCUCUUUUGGGACGCAGACAACGGCGGCUACUAUGGGGCAUCCAGCAAGGACCCAUCCAUCAAGCUGAGACUGAAAGAAGAUCAAGAUGGAGCAGAGCCGAGUGCCAACUCGGUGUCGGCCCUCAACCUCCUCAGGCUUGCUCAGAUGACAGGGAACCAGGAGUGGGAGACAAGGGCGGACCAGCUCUUUGCGGUCUUCUCUGACAGACUGACUAAGAUCCCCAUAGCACUGCCGGAAAUGGUGUCUGCCUUGGUCCUCAAGCACAGCACCCCAAAGCAGAUCAUCAUCCGUGGGGAGCCGGACGCCGCAGACACCCAGGCCCUCAUACGGUGCGCCUACUCCCGCUUCCUCCCCAACAAGAUUCUCCUCCUGGCCAAUGGCAAUAAGGACUCUUUCCUUUAUGCCAAGCUGAGUCUUCUGCCCACCCUGGAGAAGUUGGACGGGAAAGCUACGGCUUACGUCUGUGAGAACUACCAGUGUCAGUUGCCUGUGACCUCCGUCGAAGAACUGGACAAGUUACUCUAGAAACCUUGUCCAAAACAUUUUGUGGAUGAGAUUGGGUGUAAGACAAAUUUAUAAUUAAAUUAAUAUAAAUCAGAUAUUAAUUUAGUAUUAUUCCAUUUUUAAGUUGAAUGAUACAUUUUUGGUAAUCGUUUAUGGAAAUAACCUAAGCAGAGGGUACUCAAAGGGGUGCUGCUAGUUUUUUGUUGGGGGGGGGAAUCAUCAUCUAUUGGCAAGAGCUGCACACCUCCAUUAAGAGUGUUACUUGAUGUCACAUUAUGUCAUUUUUGCAGUCGUUAAAUGGGGGGGGGGUUCAGACUAUCUGUAAUUUCCCAUUAAGGUCAUUUGGCAACUUUAUGGUCACAUCCCUGCCUCUCACACAUUGGUCUAGCAAUAUCCCUGUAUGCAAUUAAACUCAGUAUACUUUACUUUUCAAAGUUGCGUACUUCUUUUGCCAGAUUUAGGCUGACUUUAAUGUGUAUGGGUAUCAGGAUUAAUCCACUGCUUCUAAAUUCAAGAAGACAGACAUAAACUCUCUCUGAAAAUAUUUUGUAUAACUUAAUGUAACCCACCAAGUGAGGGUGCUUAAAAGCAAUGGUCCAUAUAAAGCAUGUGUGAAGUAUGCUUUAAAUAGUAAAAUGCAAGUAUUUCCCCUCAACUGCAUUUGGAACGGGCCGUCAUGUCUUGGAAAGAAUACAGACUAAAAUCAAAUACCUUCAUUUCCAAAGCUUGUACAAAAUGAUUAAAUGCAUAUACAGAUGAUGUUUCACGUACCGAUCAAAUCCUACCCUCUAGUUUUUAACUUUCCUGUGACCGCCCCAAGCUGCACUAUGUACUCACUCAAACACAAUUUAAACAGUGUCCCAUAGUAUCACAGGAUGCAACCCCAAACUUCACUCACUCGCCCAUCUUCCCCUGUAGUUCUGUUAAAUUUCCAUGGCCAAUGAGUUCCAAAACACAAAAGAAAAGAAAGAACAUCUAGCACCUUUAUAAUGAAAAUAUAUUCACAGUGCUACUAAACCUUAUAUUAAACAAAAAUUGCAUUACUUGGUUUCUAUCAAAUUUACAUGGUUCAUAUCAUCUGAUGUGGAUGUUAAACUUAUAAGAAGUGUUCGUGUAAUGGAGAAAGGAUAAAUUUACUAUUUUCUCUGACCUACCUGGAUUCUUUUACACAGGUUAGUGGCCCCCACAAAUGUCAUGUGGACAGAAAACCCUUUUCCAAUAUUAAAGAAAGUCUAUUUUUGUAUUAGACUUUUCAUCAAAAGGAAAGCUAACCAGAUUAAUGAGAGUAUAGAAACCCGAGUUAGGCCAACAUUUUAGGGGGAAGAAAGACCAUUGAUCAAAUUAAAAUUCUGUUGUCAAAAGGUUGGUUCCAGUUUGUAUGCCAUGAAAUAAAGCAAUGACACGGAUAAGAAUUCUGCAUAUACAAAGAUUUUGCUUACCUUCUAAGGAGUUAUGAAAGUAGCUAUUUUUACAAAUACAUUUUACUUUAAUAAUGCAAACCAUUAUACAUUACCAAAACUGAAUUCACAGUAACUACAAAAUACAUAAUGCAAAUUGCUUUGGACUGGGCAAUAUUAUAGCAUCCAAAGAACCUGUCCACUCAGAAACAAAAUUAUGGGCAUUUGAUAAAGAAUAAACUAUUUAUGAAGUAUUCUAAAUGUAUACACAGCCUUCCAGCUAUUUGUCAUCCUUGUAUGAUUCGAAAUGAACACAAACAAGUGGCUGAUAGAACUGGAUAGAUACCAUGGAGUAGAGGUCAUAAGGUCAGCGAACCACUGAACCUACAUACUUCAGGGGUGCUUCCUUGCAAAAUAUCCUGACUUCCUAACAGAUAAACUUGCAAGUAUUUUGUCAGUCAUUCUUUAACUUUUCUUCUGUGAGUUAGGGAUUGAAUUAUAAAGUUUACACCAAGGUUUUUUUCUGGUUCACCAGUUUGUAAUUGCCUGUUAAUUGAAUUUUCACCCUCUGUUAAAAGCUACCUGGUGCAGAUCCCCAUGACAUAGAAAUAAAUAUUUCAAAUGAGGAAAAAAGAGCAUUAUUGAGGCUAUUCUGUGAAACCAGUGAAAAGCGCCCAUGUCUGUUCAUGUUGCCUUGUUUCCUUCUAAUUUGCUGGAUUGAAAAUAAAACGAAUGAUCAAGAAAAUUGCAUAUGUAUCGUAACAAGAAUCUGGGUUCAAGGGAUUUUUACCAUUGAACAACUUUACCUUGGACAAGUUGUACAGGAAAAGAGAUCUGGUUUGCAAAACUCAAUUUAGAUUGUCAAACAAAAGUAUAAAUCAUGAUAAAUAUCUUCUUUGCAAAUACUGUAGGAGUAAACAUUAACAACCCUUGUCUUUUCUAAAUUUGAUGCAUUCUAGUGCCUAUGUCUUCAGUUUUUCCUUUAUCUUUUCAUUUGUCUGUACAGUGGGUUGUUGGAACUUUAUACUUACUGCUUUCAGAUAGCUUAUGGGGAAAAAUGAAUAAAUUAUGAGCAUAAUCGUAAUAAUAAAA